UUCAUACGAAGGUCCAAUAUGCAGCUUGAAACAAAAAUGUGUUUCUAAUCAUUUAUUCAUUCAUCUGCUUAUUAAUGCUUCAUGCUGUUUACAUUCAUGCUCAUCGCUUAUGGGCGGAAUGUUUUAAUCAUAUCAAGCUGUGGUACCAUCUGUACGCAAACAUGUUUCGCGGUUUAUCCAGCGCAUCUUCCUGUACACGUUGGCGCUGUAAUCUUCUAAUCAUGUUUUCCCAAAUUUGCAUACGAGAUUUGCUCUGUUUUCGGUCUCUCUCUUUUCUGUCCCACAUUCGCUCCCAAAAAGGAACACGUAAACAUUAACCUACAAACAUACACACAUAUGGCCGUCAGUCUAUCAGCUGAGCGGAGAACCGAACACGAUGCACCUCAACAAACACGAAACGCCGGCUUCGCUACACCAGCGCCAGUUGGAGCAUGAGCGGAAAAUCCGGAAAGCGCGCCAAUCGCUCCCCACGACAAGCUUGGCUGCUGGUGUUGCCGUUGCUGCUACCGGAAACAUUCUUCCAUUCAGCGUGCCAGUGUUGUACCGAUUGUGCCGUUCGGUUCAGUUUUUCUUCGACCGCUGAGCAGUGCAGACGGGAGUGCGCGUUGGCAUCCGGUGUACCCACAGUCCCGGUGAUGUUCUGUCUCCGGGUUCUUGGGCUCUGGGGUUCUAUGGUGUUGUGAAUGUGGUACGUGUGACAACACAAAUUAAGUGGGUGUGUUUGUGUGUGUCGUUGGGAAUGCUGUGAAAUGUGAAAAGUGCUCACGAACGCACGCGGGGGAGUGAGAUUUCGUUUUAAUUAGUUUUCACGUGACCACGCUGCCGGGAAAAAUCGAAACUUUGUCGCGGCAAGGAAAAGGUGAUACACCGAACAACUCCUCCGCACUUUAAAGCAGUUAAACAUCAGAGCAGAAUGUAGCGAUUUUGAAAUCCACUUCCGUAAUGACUUGAGGCCGAACGAAAGCAUUACCGGACCCGACGCUGUUGAACAGUCAUUGUCCUCUAAUGACUAGGUUCUUCUUCUCGGAUUUCGGGCACAAUCAUAAUUUGAUGGACUUUCAUUAUAUUCCGUCUCCGUUGACGAAAGACCAAUGAAAGUGUGCCGGAGAACUUCAAAAACAAAGCGUCAUUAACCAUCGUUAAAUGCUCUCUCCCCUCCCCCCACUCAAUCGUUUAAAUGUGGGUCAAUUAUUCUUCUCCAAUCGUCCCGAACCGGCUAAAUUUAAAUUCUCCAUGUAUCCUUUUGCCUACGCUCCCCCCCCACGAUCACGAGAAUCCUUGAGCACAUUUUCCACGCCAUAUUGCACACUGUUUAUUUGAAAAUAAGUCUUGGAUGGGUUGAUACACGCGGUCGUUCGAGUGUAAAGAGGGACACAUCGUGAGAUAAAAUAAUUUAUAAUUUUCCACCCACCGGGCGAAAUUGUAUUUCCACCUCCCGGCGUGCCAAUGGGCCCAUCUGAAUGCCGCCGCCGGCGACGAAUGUUAAGGGUAUUUCUCGCCCGCGAACGGACUCGGCUCACGGUGUUUUAUGAGCAACGCAUAUUUUAUUCGGUGCUUUCGUGUGACCAGGGCCGAGGAGCCAUCUUCAGCACUGGACCAGAAUUGGAUUGCUCUUCCGGGCGAACCAAAUCGAAGCGGCCGGAUUUCCGGACUACGAACCACACCACGGUGUGCGCUUUUGUUUUCCCACGAAAAACACAAUCUGUAAGUCCUUAUUUAUCGUUUCGCCGUUCGCUGUUCGGCGCCCUCAACUUUGACCUUUUUCUCUUGCCGGGGAAGAUAUCGCUUACCCGGGCCAGCCGCCGGGUAAUGUGACACUCGGAAACAGACCAAUUUUUCGGCGAAGGGAAAUGAUGUGAAACAGCAUCAUGUGUUUGAGCUUUCCGCCUCUCGAUCCGAACGACCACUGCCCGCGGGGCUAUCAAGAUUGACCAGUGGCGCGAUGAUCACAACGAAGCCUGAUGAUCAAUGCUGAUGACGUUACUAAGACAACUCCCCCUUCCCACGCAUUGUCGGUAAAGGAACACCUCCCCAACACAUUGGUGGUCCGGGUUUUCUUUCUUUCCUGUGCUGUAUGUGUGACCCAUGUUUUGCGGCUACAGCACAGAACAGAACAGAAUACUGCUGAGGCGAGCAGCCGGGUUCUUGUUUACUUGGCCGAGCGCAUGUGUUUUGUGGUCGCCCCGUCGAUGUUUAUUUUUGUCGCGCCCGUACCACUAAAGGGCGGUGAAAAUGACCCCGUUUUUCCUUUCCCCAAUUUGUAACUACAUUUACCGGAAUUGGAAUUUUUCUUUUCACUUUGCAUUGGCCGCACAGACACACACACAUGGAGCCAGAGUUGCAGGAGUGUUGUGAACAUUUCUACCGAAUUGUGUUGUCUCUCGCAUUGAAGGGUGGAUUAUGCUUCAUCUAAUCCAAACACGACCGAACAAACGAGGCGCUUUGUCCCUUCUCGUGAAUAGAUUUGAACCAAUCCCACCCACUACCGUGCAGCUUGCUUUGCUCCGACUAACCAACCAAAACCGAAAACGGUAAACCCUAUACCGGCCACCGGAAAUCUUCUCCGGAAAUCGGUAAGUUUCGCACCAUAAAACGACGAAACAAUCUGCCUUCCUCCCCAUGGGAAUUGGACUAAAUCGCAUUAGGACGAAAGGCAUUGGCGUUUUUGUCGCAGAUGGAAUGUGUAUUUAUCGCUUCUUACGGAUUCAACGCACACACACACAUACAAACUCUGUCUCUCACACUUCAUUUAUUAUUUCGCAUCCGAAGUGAGAGAUGAUUUAUGGAAGGAUGGUCGUACGUAACUAAAAACACACUCAAGUACGGCGAAUGUGUCUUUUUUUGCUUUUCCCCGAUUGCAAUUUUGUUGAUUAGAAACGAUCCACAUUCGUUUGUCUGCAUGUGUGUUGGUCACAACUAUUCGCCAUCUGUUGUACUAGCAGCCGACAACUCUCGGUGUACUCGCUAUCGCACCAGCUAUCGUUACUUUUUUGUCGGUCAACCGGCAUUUUAAUCUCUUGCCAAACAUAAACGAACCUAACCCCUCGAGUUUCUCCUAAGGUUUGGCGCCUGACCAGACAAAUCCUCGCCAUCACUUGCCACCCAAAACGAAAUAAAUAAACCGAAACACACUGGUCAUAGGGAGGAUUACCACCACCUCAUGCCGAAGUGACCUUAACCUUUACCUUGUGCGGUGAGCUGCUGCUGCUGCUGUGCUGAAUACCCGUUGCCUGUUUCUUAUCUCGGGGAAUUUAUUUUGAAAGUUUAACACUUUUGCUCAAAGGAAGAUGGUGUUGUUUUCCGGGAUUUUCUUGUGUUUUGUACCACUUUUUAAUCUGCUCUUUACCACGCAAAAAAUAGGUAAAGAGAUAACAACAGAACGGAACAGCAACAAUGUGCUCGCAAUCGACGGCCCCAGUGGACCUUCUUUUCCGUGUAAAUUCAACAGUAAUUUGAAAUUGAGACAUUAAUGUGACGAAACCAUUAACGGAACAACGGAACGUUCUCGAAAUAGAUCCAUACACUUUGCGUGGCUCAAAAACCCCUUCUAGCAACAAGUUUUCGAUUGACUUUGUCUUAACUUGGGGAUUUUAUGUGUCUUCUUGAACAUUAAUUGAGCGGAUAAGCCGGCCGGGCUGCAUCCUCGAUCAUCUACAUGAAAAUUUGUUUACCGCUUAAUUUUCUAGCCACUUUACCCAGGGUUGGCAGCUGAUGCCCCUUCCCUCCCCCGCAACCCUUCCCUAGAUCAACAGAUGUUUGUUUAACCUUCCCCAGCCCAACACAGUUUGCUUUUGGGUCUGACAUAUCGGACAGCCCGUGCCAAUCAAAUUUUAGCUACCCAGUUCUACCUCUCCCCCUCAGUCGACCUUUUCCAUGAAGUAGGUUGUACGAGUUGACUCCGGGAAACCUGUGGUUGUUGGACGGCCUUUGACUACCUACCGAUAGCAAGGAGUCUAAUAUUCACACUGGGUCAAACUUUUGAAGGUAGAAUGAAUUUUGCCGCUGUUCACCACUCUAGCGUUUCAUUUUCCUAGAUUGUAUCAUUUUCAAAGUUUUUAUGUAGUCUUUUGCUUCAUAUUUCCUUCCUUGUUUUCUUUUUUUCUUGUUUUGAAACCAUUUUGCACCUUGAAACAUUUGCAAAUAUGCUCACUCUAGUGCUCGAUUUCGGGUGCGCUCGAAUGUAUGGCGAUGGAUCGAUAAUUGUAUAUUCUCAGCAAGUUUUUUUGUAUGAUUUUCCCUUUUAAAGCACGAGCAACGGACCAUCGUUACUGGCCCUGUUGCUGCUUUUUUGCCCUUCCUCGUGUUGGACGAUUUAAUGUCUUCCCUUGGGAACAGUGGAACGGUGGAAGAUGAUUAUCAUCACCCGAAACCAGCAAAUAUACACAAAAAACACACACACACUUACCCUUAUACCGCAAUUGGUGUGAUGAUGGCCCUUGGUCAUAAUUUAACCAUCAGCAUCACACCUUCAACACCUUGUGUAGGCACUUGAGUGAUGAAAAACCGAAAUGGUACAGAGGGGGGCUCUCUCACUAUCCGAGAGCCGACCUAAUCUCACCUGAGUGCGUCUUGAUUAGCUCUCACGUCACGGGCCACCGACCGGGCUGCGUAGUAAUAAUCAUUUUGCUGCCUAAGCUGCUCCCUUCGCAGUAAUGGUCACCUUUUGCGCAUACACUCCAAGACUUCUCAAGUACCGAGAUGCCUCCUUGAAGGUAAUUAAAACUACCCCACUAAGUAAAGGAUUAAACAACUACUCCACAGCACCGUGACUCCCCCUGACUUUGAUUCGGUAAUUAUGAACCUGAUUAAGGACACAGCGCACUGCACAACGAGGCACUACGUUACAAUUACCUCCUCCCCCCAAACAGGAUGGAGUCGACGACCAUAAAAGUCCUCUCAGGCGUGCUAAAAUCAGCACCUGCUGCCUGCAAACCACAUUUGAAGUAAGCAACGGGCAGCCAUUUUCAUUCGGCCGAAAAGGAAAAUGACACAAACAAUAGCCUAGUGUGCAUGAGACCUGUGAAAGCUUCCCCGGUACACAUACGUGUUCAUGUGCAUACUACACCCAGGCUGAGCCUUUCCGCUUCCUGACAGCUUUAAAGUUUUCAAGUGUUUUCAACUCUAAUGGUAAAAUAUUUAUGCAACGGAAAAGUACUCCGCCUUUUUUGCUGCCUUCGCCUUUUGCUCGAUUAAAUCCUUUAUGGCUUCAUGCACGCAUACUCGCGCGACGGUCACGGCAUUAGUGUGUGCGCGCGCUCUUCCACUUCCUGUCACAUUGUGUAUGACGGUACGCUAAGCAUCGUACUAUUCCUUGUUUUUAUGCACCGACAACAGCGCGUAUGUUUUGUUACAUUUUCUAUCGGGCUAUCGUUGAAGCAUUAAAUUAAAUCGCAUCAGAUCAGCACAAUCGAUUUAAUCCUCGCGCGAAUCGUGUUUAUCGUUCGGGGAACGGUGCCGAGCGAGCUUUUCCAAUCAAUUUCAUCACCUUCUUAAUGGUGGGGCAUGUUUUCAGCGCACGAAACGAUUCACAACAUUGUUGGGUAAAAAGGCAAUCUUGAAUCGCUUCAUUAUCGGCCAUUAGUAUGAUCGAACCCGUUGUUCCAAGGUUAAACUUUUCCAAUGUGUGUUUUGUGUGAUCUCUUUCGCCACCUGUUGAUUUUGAGCGGUUCUCAUUAUGCAUUCCCGUGUCAAUAUGCUUUACGACCCAGCGCAGCCGAACGGGCGUGGAACAGUUUUCGCAUCAUUCAAUAAUUAUAAAUAAACAAGCAAACUCCACACCUGCACACGCGCGCGCCGUUGUUGGCAAAACGGGCUGACACAGCAACGGAACACGGUCGGCCAUCGCGCCGGAACGGUAUAUCUCAGCAGAAAAGAUUCAUCUCAAAUAAACACAAUCAGGCAAAACUCACAAUCCCAUCGGCUUCAAGGGCAUUUUUGUGCGGGAGCGGGACAAGCAAUUUUUGGAGCCUUUUUCGUCGCUUCUCGGCUUCACGGCGGCAAGCAAAGUACGCUCGUUUGGCAAACGGAGGCUUACUGUUGCCUUGGUUUGGUGGGUCCCUUUUCAAAAGUUUUGUAACAAGUUUGCCGGAGUGCUGUUGUUGUUUUAUGUUUUACAGAAGCAGCUUGCAGCCUGGUGGAGCUGUUUGCCCAAUGUCGGAUAGUUUUCUGCAACCGGGGCGACCUUUUCUUGCAAGAAAACUUUCAUUCCUCAAGGGUCACAGCUCAUACGAGUUUCUAUUUAUAAGAUUCUCCUGAGCUUGUUGUACAAACAGAACAGAAACAUUCUUUCGAAAUUGCUUGCUUUUUGGUAGCUUUUGCUUCCAAAUUCCUGAAAAGUGGUAUAGAAUAAUUGACUCCAAACAAGCGGACAAAAUGAACGUUUUCAAACUAACUAUCUUGACUACUGGACUUGACGGGUUGUAGUGAAGUAGUUGUAGUUAAUUGAUAUGUACUUCAGUUUGUUUCCUGUAGUUUGUAGCCUGAAACGUGAAAUACAUGACAAAUAUUUCAACUAGCUUAUCUCUGUACUCUAACUAUCUGUAUAUGCUGACGCGUGAAACACACGAACCCGUCCGCUGCUUGCCCUUCCGCAUCACACCUAUUAUGCUUGCCGAAUGCGCAACCUAUUUCCACGCUCCACCAAAAAACACACACACCAAACAAAACCUACCCCAACCCCCUCAACCUCAAACACGCACCCCACACACUAUGCGAUCCUCAAUUCUGUAGAACGUUCUCGACUGAAUCUAGAAUCCAAAUGCUCGUCGCUGCGGAAACACCUGAGUAAGUCGGCGUCGGAGCUGAGCUGCAACGACUGUGGCGGUUCCGGUGACUCACCGCAGUCCUCACCGCAGCGGGCCCGUUCCGCCAACGUUCCCACCAUACCGGCCGGUGUUCUACAGCGAACGCACGGAUUUUUCAACACACUAAGGCACCGAUGGUCACGGGGACGCAGUAAGGAACGGCUUCGGGGGUCUCUUGGGCAAGACCUCGAGGGACGGCGCGACAGCCAGAGUGACUACGCGGCUGACAAUAGUUCGGCGGAGCAUAGUAGCUCCGCUACACCGCACCAGUCACCGCGGCAUCGUGCCCGGACAUUGGAAGACUCGCCACUGGCUAAAGGAGCGGAACGAAAUGCAACAAUGAGUGGCACGGGAGCGGUGGGGUCUGUCAAUGAGGGAGCAUCCUCGUCUGGGGUAGCGAGCGUGCUCAAGGUGCUCACUGCGAAGGUGGACGUGGAGGCGACCGCAGGACCUAGCGGAUUGAGUCAUUUGACAAUCGGUGGACUGCCCAAGGUUUCGGAAAUUGCUGGACCCAGUGGGAUGUCUGGACUGAGCCCGGCAGAAGAGCAACAACGAAGAAGGGAGACACAGCUUCGGCAACAUUCUUUCUUCCAGCUUCGCGUACAUCUUAUCAGUGGUCAUGGAUUGGUGGCCAUGGAUAAGAGUGGUACGAGUGAUCCCUACGUCAAGUUCAAAGUUGGAGGACGCCUGCUGUACAAAUCCAAAACCGUUCACAAAGACCUAAACCCUGUGUGGGACGAAACGUUCGUCGUGCCAGUGGAAGAUCCAUUUCAACCAAUAGUAAUUAAGGUAUUUGACUAUGACUGGGGCCUCCAGGAUGAUUUCAUGGGAUCGGCAAAGCUGUACCUCACCUCGCUGGAGCUUAACCGCGCAGAGGACCUCACAAUCAAGCUGGAGGACGCUCAGCGUGCUUCGAAAGACCUCGGCGAGCUAAAGCUAAGCGUCACACUGUGGCCAAAGACACAAGAAGACAAAGAGCAAUACUUUCAGCGCAAUCCCAAGCUGGCCGAUGCCUCCCGCCGGCUCAAGUCGCAGAUCUGGAGCUCGGUCGUCACGAUCGUGCUGAUCGAAGCCAAAGGACUCCCACCGGACGCUGAGAAUGGACUGAACGAUCUCUAUGUCAGAUUUAGGCUAGGAAAUGAGAAAUACAAGUCUAAGGCCGCUUAUCGGGCCCGCUGGUUGGAGCAGUUCGAUCUUCAUCUAUUCGACGAUGAUCAGCUGCUGGAGCUGGUAGUGUGCGGGAAGUACAACACAUAUGGGAAGUGUACGAUCGAUCUGCGAGGGUUGGCUCGCGAACGCACGCACGGAAUCUGGCAACCGCUGGAGGAAUGUACCGGCGAGGUUCAUCUCAUGCUGACAAUCAGUGGCACCACCGCAUCGGAAACCAUCACCGAUCUAACGGCCUACAAGGAAGACUCCAAGGAACGCGCCCUCAUCCAGAGCCGAUACAUAUGGCACAAAUCACUUCAAAACAUGCGCGACGUUGGACAUCUUACGGUGAAAGUGUUCGGGGCGACGGGGCUAGCCGCAGCGGACAUCGGUGGUAAAUCAGAUCCGUUCGUCGUGCUGGAGCUAAUCAACGCCCGACUUCAGACGCAAACCGAGUACAAAACGCUCACUCCCAACUGGAACAAAAUCUUCACUUUCAAUGUGAAAGACAUGUCCUCGGUGCUGGAAAUCACCGUCUACGACGAGGACCGUGACCACAAGGUGGAGUUCCUCGGCAAAGUCGUCAUACCGCUGCUAAGGAUACGUAACGGAGAAAAACGCUGGUACGCGCUCAAAGACAAAAAGAUGUACACCCGCGCCAAAGGCACCCAGCCGCAGAUUCUGCUAGAGAUGACGGUCAUGUGGAACAAGCUGCGGGCGGCACUGCGCGCUCUCGAGCCGAAGGAGGAAAAGCUGGUACAGCAGGAGGCCAAGUUCAAGCGGCAGCUCUUCCUGCGCAACGUCACCCGACUGAAGGCCGUCAUUAUGUACUUUAUCGAAGUGGGACAGUUCGUGCAGAGCUGCUUUGAGUGGGAAUCUCCGAUACGGUCAUUUAUAGCACUCGUUUUAUGGGUCUGCGGCUGCAUCUGGUUCGAUAUCUCCACCAUCCCGGCCGUCGCCCUGCUGUACCUGCUGAAGAACUGGUUAAUUCGAUGGCUAACCGGAAGCUCCUCCCAAUCAACGGCGGACGAGUACGACGUAGCUAGCGACGACGAGGACGAAGAGGAUAAGGAGAAGGAGGAGAAGAAAACAAUCAAGGAACGGCUGCAGGCCAUACAGGAGGUGUCACAGAGUGUACAGAACACGAUCGGGUACCUUGCCUCACUCGGGGAGAGUGUUAAAAACACUUUCAACUUCUCCGUACCGGAGCUCAGCUGGUUGACGGCUCUUCUGCUGCUGGCUGCAUGUCUAGUCCUACACUACGUCCCGAUACGGGUGCUGCUGCUGCUGUGGGGUCUGGUGAAGUUCAGCCGGCGGAUCAUUCGGCCCCACAGCGUUCCCAACAAUGAGGUGCUCGACCUGCUGUCGCGCGUACCGGACGACGAGGAGAUUAUCAUGUGGAGAGAGUUGCCGCUACACUCCACACCCGAACUGGCCCGACGCGAUCCACGAAAGAAGCAUAAAGUGUCGUAAUGUUACCAAACUACCCUGAAGCGCUACUUUAGGGAUAAUCUCAAAAAGGUCCUGCACGUCAGCCGGGUCAAACCGAACGCAAAGGAUGUAUAAAAUGCAUCGAACGUGCGGCGAAGAAGAACGAAUCUCACACUGUUGCGAUGAAAUCUUGCUCCAAUUACUCGUUGUUCGCACAGCUAGCGCGUGACGGAUGCGCACCUUCUUCUUCUUCUCCUAGCUGGAGCGUUCCUUAGGUUAGCUUCAAAUUCUUCCAUCUUCCAUGUUGCUAGUGCAGCAAAGUUUAUCAAAAAAAACCCAAACUUAUCAAACGCUAAUCGUACCGCUACCUAAACCCCUUGCCUUGCCAGAUCGUAGUAACUAGAAUAGGGCAGUCAUUCCAUUUCUAUCUCUCUCUUACUCUCGAUAUUCUGUAGCAUCUCGUUCUCUUUCUAUGGGCUAGAAUGAAAUCCCGCUCUCUGUAGGUAACUUUCUUAAUAGGCUUUUAUACUUUCUUCCAGGGAAGACAGACGGCUAGGUGUACCAAAUCUUAGAACGAUAACGAUAUCAACACACAACCAACAAAGAAAACGAUGCAAUCGUCGAAAUUAGUAACUAGUAAAGCCGAAAAGAGAAGAAAAGAGUGCAUAAACAUGAGAACCCAUAAACCAUAAGGGUAAAGCAUCUAUAGACUCAAUCAAAAUCUAGACAGUUUAGCUUUAGUCAAUAACCAUCAACAUCUAAAAAAACGUCAGUCCUUUUAAGCGUCUUCUCUUUACAUUGCUUCCUUGACUAUUUACUAUCUAGCGAGUAGCGCGAAUCAAAGCCAACAUGCAUUGUGGUUCUUUCUCUCCCUCGCUCCUUAGCGUAGUCUUCGAACACGUUCAAUGUUUCCUCUUUCAAGCAGCAACACUUUCAUUGUUCGUCGGCCAAAUCGAUGGGAGCGAGUCCGCUUCCAAACGAUAAAUUCCGUCCAACGUAGAGACACAAGGCAAGGAAUGGGAGGUGGCACCAACACACAUUAGCAACAGCACAGUCACAGGCUUAAUGAUUUCGCUCAGUUUGGGAAUGGAAAGCAACAUUUGAGGGAGGAAAGAAGCGAGCUAGGCUAUAGGAAAGAUGAUUCAGAACGAAAAGAAAGUGAUGGUAGCUAGGCAAACACAGCUUUGAGAUGAAUUUCUUGCAUAGGCGAACCCUUUUAUGUACUAGUUAGAGCAAUGGAUAUGACCAAAACACAGAUAUAGGUGGAGGAUAGGCAUGCCCGCUGAGCUUAAUGAUUCAAUCGUGUAAAUGUGACUAAUAAUUCGCAUUGAAUCUCAUUUUUGCAUCUUAAGAAAAUAAGUGAAGUCUAGCUGUAUCGAUUAUCUACAGAACGAUUGAGCACAUCAUAUAUUUUUUGCAUAUUUAAAGCACCGUUACGCAUUCGCUUAGCGUUCGCACCACACAAAACAGUGCACUAAAAGACACAGUUUUAAUAAUGUUUCUUAGUACUUUGUUGUACUUUGUUGUUCAGCGUCAAUGCACCCCUAAGGUUAUUUAAUUGAUAUGCAUUGCUUCAAAAAGACGUACCUUGUUGCACAGGCCUUUCAAUUUAUUAUCAUAAUGUGGUUACGCAAUGCGAUAAAAUCAGUUACUAUGCACGGUUCUUGAUGUGAAAUGCCUCACACGUUAUAUGCACCAGCGAUCAACAACUAAAGCACAAGCCAUGGUUUAAAGUGAACUGACAUUGAAAGCAGCAAUGUAUCUAAGAUAGCUUCACAGGACAGCUUUUCUUAAUGUAGUUAAGUAAAAUCUGUGUUAAAUUAACUGCAAGCGAAAGAUCACAGCAACACCAAGCCACAAAAGAUGGAGGAUGUGAUUAAGAAAAGGCAUACAAAUAAUGCCACACACACAGACACACCUCGUCAAUAUGAUUCCUUAUUAUCAAAGAGCACACAAACCUCUUUACUGUUAAUUAGCUAGAGUCAAAUUAUUUAGGCCAAACGUUUAAGUAAACUUCAUAGCGUAAUACGAACAAAACACCACAAACAAUCAAAUUGCGUACGGUAGGAAAGCGAAAGAGUGGACCAGGAAGAGAACAAAGCAGCUCUAGUUUUACUUACAGCUCCACUGUAUCUUUUCGUUCUCCACACACCAAAAGCAUUACGUUCCUAUAUUUGUUACUAUUGCGCGUUAACUUAACCAAACGAGAACUUCACUUUAUGUUACCCUUCGUACCGCGUUACCAAACGUACUAUAAGUUAAGCGUACACUAAACGUGCAAGCACCUUAAAAACCCGCGUCUCAUUACUUCUUCCCACUCAUGUGAUCUCAAGCUUACUACUACUACUUACUGAUACCACCGUGGUGGACGGUGGAGUAUAACAUUAACAGAGAAUAAUACUAACUUAAGUAAAGUAGCUGAACAAAUCCAGCGUAGUUAGGCGAUAUAAACAAAUUCAAAAUGCGCAUCAAGCACCGCAACACCCCCUUGUUGUGCGUGGAGUGUAGUUUCGAGUAUGUGUAAAAGUUAUUGACCAAAAUCGAAACACGAAAAGGGCGCUGCGCGUUAUUCCCAUAACUCUUAUCUUCUUAUCGUCACUGCAAAGUCUUCUCCCUUGUUUUCGAUUGCGACCAGAUCGCGUUUCAUUAGUCAAUCUUAAAGCAAGCACACAUCAGAAGGAAAGGAGAGUUUCAUACAACUGCAACACGCCACAAUUGUACUUUCAUUCAUACAAUCAUUGUGAUAUCGGGCAAACUAUGUUUCUUAUUCACUGUGCUCGUGAGAACAUCCUAGAGUAGAACAAAUUGUUCUUAUAUGAAUUAAACUAUUUUUUCUGUCUUCAUAUUAUGUGAUUAUCAGCCGUUAACACAGUUAAUUGAGAUGAGAUAGUUUAAACGAUUUACCUUUGGAACACUACUUUGCCUUCCCAUACACAUAUUAACCUUUAUGAACUUGAUUUAAAGCAGCUUUUCAUGGCAGCAAAUGUAUCGAAAACGUAUCGCAACUAAUUCCCGUAAACACGCAUAAUAGAAUGUUAUUAGUGGCUAAUUAGGAGAAAACCCCCAAUCGUCAUUGACAUUUCGCGGACAAAAAAAAAGGAUACAACAAACGAAAAAGUUAGCAAACUAUUUAAAAAAACUGAUUCUCUCUCUGCAAAAGAUCCCAUGUUGUUGCAAUCAUCCAUCUUCUAAAACACAAAGAGCAUACAUUUAUAAAAAUGGCAUCAAAUCUAACCAUUAGACAUAAGUAAAAUGAAUCACAGUUCACGCUCUCUUCAGUAUCACCAAUCAUUCAAGAAGCUUUAACUCACUCAAACACACACAGACGUUCUCACCACACAAUUGUCCCAUCAAUUGCAUAAGUAAGGUUAAACUAUUUAGCAUAAACUCGACAGUCCCAUGCAUUCAUCGAUAUCGAAACGCAAACGCAAUGUAAAAACGAACAAACCCAAUCACAUUGAAUGUUCAUUCAUAGCAGAAGCGAAAGUCAGAUCAGGUGGUCAGGUCAGGCCUGUCCCUUACAUUGGGAAAAACGUGGAAACAAGAGAUUUUUUGUUAUGCUUAUUUGUUGUAACAAUAGACCACAUAGAAUGGCGCAUCGAACAACGAUUGCCACGUGUAAGGGUGCAUACGAAACGAAAUACCAAGAUUAUUACAGCGACAACCUCCUCACAGACGCAAACCUGGAGCAAUAGAUGUAAUCACACCGAUGGCAGGAAACGUGUUUUGUUUUCAUUCCCUCCCGCCCCUGUUUGGAGUUGUGUUAAGCGUUCGUCCGUUGGAUAUACAAUUUACCUUAACUUUACACACACAUACACACACAUACUGAUACGAUCUUAAAAUAAGCAAAAAGGGUUUUUUCAAUUUUUAACACUUUUUUAGGUAAUAAAAACCGGAAUGAAUACACACAA